UGGUAGGAACCAAUGUCUACAGUAAAUGUUUCCUAUUGACCAUAGAGGCAAACGGAACAAGUGCAAUUGGAGUGCACACAGCGCUGUUGAUGUGGUGUCGUAAAUCCAGAGACUGACAACCAACCAUGACAUCACUGGGAAGCAGCAGCAGCACCUCAACCACAGAAUACAUCGUGCGUGUCCCCAAAAACACCAGCAAGAAGUACAAUAUAAUGGCUUUCAAUGCAGGGGACAGAGUCAACUGUUCAACAUGGACACAGGCUCGUAUGGAAAGAGAUAUGAGUGCUCGGAAGAUAUAUGGGGAGGAAGAGACCCCUGAAGGCGCAGCAGGUAGUGAGUUUGGCAAAAAGCAGCGUGAGGAAGCUCGUCGGAAGAAGUUUGGUAUCGUCACGCGUGAAUUCAAAGUGGAGGACCAGCCCUGGAUUCUCAAGGUUAAUGGUAAAGCUGGCAAGAGGUUCAAAGGUAUAAAGAAGGGUGGCGUUACAGAAAAUGCAUCCUACUACAUCUUCACGCAGUGUCCCGAUGGAGCUUUCGAGGCUUUUCCUGUUCACGGCUGGUACAACUUUACACCACAGGCCAAACACCGAACUCUGACUGCUGAGGAGGCUGAGGAGGAGUGGGGCAGGCGGAACAAGGUGGUGAAUCACUUUAGCAUUAUGCUUCAGAGACGUCUUCGAGAGCAGGAGCGGGGUGAGGAAGACGAAGACGAAGGAGAAAAAUCUGGGAAGAAGAAAAAGAAGGGGGGCGGAAGAGGGGGUGACCUGCGCAUUCAUGACCUGGAGGACGAGCUGGAGAUGAGCAGUGAUGACAGUGAUAGCAGUAUGGGGGACGAUGGAGAGAGCAAGCCAAAGGUAAAAAAAGAUGCUGGGAAAGGAAAAGCAAAGAAAAGGAAGCAAAAGAGUAAAGACAACGAGGCUCUGGAAGACAGCGAUGACGGAGACUACGAGGGCCUAGAAGUGGAUUAUAUGUCAGAUGAAAGCAGCUCAGAAGAAGAACCGGAAAAGGGAAAGCCUGUCAAAGCAGAGGAACACCCUAAAGGGAUUGAUGAAGAAUCUGAAAGUGAGGAAGAGAGUGAGGAGGAGAAACAGAAUGAUGAAGAAGCAAAAGAGGAGGAAGAGGAGGAGGAAGGGAAGAAAACCCCAGUUCAAAUGGAGAAGAAGAAGAAAAAAGACAGCAGUGGAGAAUCAGAAAGCUCAGAUGACAGUGACAUCGAAGGAGAGACGGCCUCUGCUCUGUUCAUGGCGAAGAAACGCACACCUCCUAAACGUGCUGGUGGCCGCGGCUCUGCAGGCAGUUCCAGGACUGGUAGCCGUCCUGGAACUCCAUCCUUAGACUCUGCCUCCACCUCGAACACACUCCGUGCUGCCGCCAGCAAGCUGGAGCAAGGUAAGAGACAAGGUCCUAGCAUCGACUCACCUGCUGCCAAAAAGCUUAAGAUGGAACCCAGCACCCAGAGCCCCGUUCCCUCUGGGAAGAGCACACCUCAACCCCAAUCAGGCAAAUCCACCCCAAGCUCAAGUGAUGUGCAGCUGACAGAGGAAGCAGUCCGCCGCUACCUGAUCCGUAAACCAAUGACCACUAAAGACUUGUUGAAGAAGUUCCAGACUAAGCGCACUGGCCUGAGCAGUGAGCAGACUGUCAACGUGCUGGCACAGAUCCUUAAGCGCCUCAAUCCAGAGCGCAAGAACAUAAACGACAAAAUGCACUUCUACCUCACUGAAUAACCAAAGGAACAGAGGGAUGUUGUGGUUGUAGAAGUGGUGAAGUGCUAAAACUGACCCUCUUUUGUUCAAAGGUUAUAGUGUUUUCAAUAAAACCCAUGGAAGAAUA